CAGGCAUACUAGUCUGAAUGUCCAACUUCCCUUUACUUUUCAGAUAAAAUGACUCCUUUACAGUUAUUACUGAGGAGCUGCCACAGGAGAAUAGAAGUGGGCAGUAGUGGAUUCCCUCUAAGGUAUAAACAAAUCUCCAGUCUAUUUAAAGGUACAGCCAUCCAGUCAGUCCAUACUUCUUCCAGAUGUAACUUUAAGGAGGACCACAAGACUACAUCUCUAGCUCUCUUGGAAAAUGUCAAACAGGUGCGACACUCGCCCACACCGGCAUUAAUUUUGGGCUUCUCUGGCCUGAUUCCAUUUAUUGCAGCGCCAGUCUUUAUGAUGAACUGUGGCGUAUACAUGCCAGAUGUAGUGCAAGCCCAACUGUACUACGGAGCCUCCAUCCUGUCGUUUCUUGGUGGUGUUCGGUGGGGUCUGACACUCCCUGUUGGUACAACUCAGCCUCCAAAUUGGUCAAAUUUGGUGUAUGGUGUGUCUCCAUCACUCAUUGCAUGGCUAGGAUUAUUGGCCCCACAGCCGGUAGGUUUGUUGACUGUUAUAGGUGGCCUUGGCAUAGCUGGAUAUAUGGAUAUUGCUAUGUGGGGAUAUCCAGGAUGGUUUAAGGGAAUGAGAUUUUGCCUUACGUUUGUAGCCGUCUUAUCUCUCUGGACAAGCUUUAUGCUACAGUUUGUAGCAAGUGAAGACAAAGGUGAAGCUGUUGAUGGUUAGUAAUCCUACAUUUGGAAUUUUUGUAAAUACUUUGUAAAAAUGGCUAGACUUAGUAUUUUGAAACUAAUAAUUUACGUUAUUGUAGUUGAAGUGUUUUCAUAUGUUUUGUUAUUGAUCAAUACAAUUGAAGAUAAAAUUAUCACAGAAUAAAGUAAUUCAAAAAUAACUUUUUCCAUAUAUAAAGAUCAGGAUAUUAAUUAGAAUGGUUUGGUGUAAAGGCAAAAAAUUUUUCAGCAUGUCAUUAUUGAAAACUGUAUUGAAAGCAUUUGAGGUUUAAUAAAGAAUCAAAUUACCAA